GAGUAUUUCUACACUCUGGUACUAGUACUUUUAGCUGAGUACUUCCUCCUCUUCAUCCUCUCUCACCUGUAAAUGCUGCCUCAUCACCUGCUGCUUCCUGUCAUGUGAUCACGUUGAUCAGCUGAUGUUUGGCUGCUUCCUGCUUCUGUUUGAACUUCAUUCUCAGGUGUUUCAGACCUUCUGAAUGUUUGCGAGUGAAGCGGAGCAGAAACAUGCUGGUGUUUUAAAGUUGUAUUCUGUGUGUUGUUGACAUCAUGCAGAUGUGUUCUUACAUCUCUCAGCUCAUCUUCAGAGUCUGAUUCCAGCUGUUGCUCGUAGAUGUGUGUGUUGAUAGAUGAGCUCUGUACCAUGAUAUUCCUCUUUAAUUUCCCCUCAAAUAUCUUCCAAUAUUUAAAUUACACAUCGGGUCUGCAUCAGCUGUUUGCUGCUCCUCGUUGUUUAUUUAAAUGGAAAUAAUCCAGAUGUUUCUUACAUCAGUUUAUACAAAACUUUGGCAUUUUUAGGAGAAUUUAAAAUAUGUUUCCGUGAGUUUGAACGGUUAUUGUCCGUCUCUUAAAGAUGUCUUUAAAGCAUGUUUAGUGACAUUUAAGGAAAUAAAACUUGUUGAUUUGUUUGCAAAUCAACAAGUUUUACUGCAAAAAAGUAGGAAAUACGUUAAAUCUUCUUCAUACAGAUCAGAGGUGAUACUCUGCGUAUCAGAAGUUUAACACUCAAACAAUUAAAGUGGAAUUAAAACGAUAAAAUAUAGAUUCUUUUAGUCUGAUUCUGAACAAUGUUCAGCACACAGAAUGAGAUGUUUUAUUGGUAGAAUCUGAUGUUUCUUACUUUGGUGUACGGAGAACAAACAGACGGGAUGUGUGUGUGUGUGUGUGUGUGUGUCUGCGCGCGCAUGUUCAUCUGAGAGAGAGAGUGGCGGAAUCUGCGUCCUGAUUGGCCGAGAGCUGGCAGACAUUUUCCACACUCAGACUGCUCUGUGAUUGGCUGAGACCCCCCUCCCCCUCCCUCCUCCUGGCUCUGCAGUCAUGGAGAACUGCACCGAGGAGCAGCGAGAGGAGGUGAAUGAGGAGGAGUCGGCACUAACGGAGGAGAAAACGCUCAAAACCCUCAAAGCGGUCAACGGAGUGAUGGAGGAGGAGGAGGCGAGCGGAGGAGAGAAGCUACAGAACGGAGACCGAGGAGGAGGAGGAGGAGUCAUGGGAGCAGACGGAGGAGGAGACCUGUCCUCCAUCAACGCCAUGAUGUCAGCGGUGAUGUCAGCGACGGGGACCAUUAAUGGCGGAGGAGACGGAGAAGGAGAGAGAGGAGUCACCUCGGCCAACUCCUCCGCCGGGCCGUCGCCCAGCCCCUCCCCCACAAAGUCGCUGACGGCGGCCAUGAGAGCCCCGCCCAGCCGCAACGCACGACGCACCACGGACACCAAAGACGACAGCUCAGCUUUUAUUUGUCCACUGUGUGACAAAGACUGUCAAACACAACACCAGCUCACCAUGCACAUCAGACAGCACAACGCUGACGCCGGAGCGACGGACCACUCCUGCAGCAUCUGUGGGAAGUGCCUGAGCUCGGCCUCGUCGCUGGACCGACACAUGCUGGUCCACAGCGGGGAGAGACCCUACAAGUGUAGCGUCUGUGGACAGACCUUCACCACCAACGGCAACAUGCACAGGUACACUCACACACACACGUGACCUCGGGGCACAGGAAGUUAGCGUUUAACCCGGUCCCUAGUCAACCAUGAUGGGAGCACAAACUGGUGUGUGUGUGUGUGUGUGUGUGUGUGUGUGUGUGUGUGUGUGUGUGGUGGGGGUUUACACAGGAAGUGGGAAGAUGACUUUAAACCAUCCAUCCCCAUCACACACACGCGCACACACACACAGAACAACGCCCAGUCAUUUAUCAGUGAAGUCCAGCCUAAACAGUCUCUGCAGCAGAAUGUGUGUGUGUGUGUGUGUGUGCGUGUGUGUGAGAGAGUGUGCGUGUGUGUCUUUGGGCUAAACAUUAAUUCAUGUGUAACCUCCGUUAACCUCAGUUGUGCAUUAAAGACAUCACAUGAUCAGAACAGACGCAACCAAUCAGAGAAGAGAUCCAGCAGAAACAUCCAAUGAACAGUGAAUACAUCCUCACGCUGAAAACUGCUCUUUUAGGCAGAAUUCUCUGCUGUGUGUUUGCAAGUUUUACCUCCACUUCUACAAGUGCUAUGAUGUACUUUUACUACUCUUUGCUUGUGUUUGAGGGAACCACUGACUCGUGUUCGCCCUUGUAUGUCAUAAAAGUAAAUAACAGCCUCACAAAGAUACUUAAAACUUCACUGGUGUGAUUUAAAGAGAUAAAUAAUUGAAGCAGAGCGUUGAGCUGUAAUGAUGUGCAGUAAGAAAGACGGAUGUUUAGUUGUGUCUCGGGUGGAAUGAGGACGUGUGGGCAGGAAGGAAUGACUGUAGGCUGACAGACGGACAGAAUCUCACGUCGCAGCUAUUUCUCUCUGCAGCGAGGACUCCUUUCUCCUGUUGAAAGACGUAGUUCAGAGGAAGUGAGAGUAAAAUAGUAUCUGGUUCACUUUAUCAUUUCAUACUUUUAUUUUUAAGAUAUAGACGCUUUAAAAAGCAGCUUAUCUUUUUUUCUUAUCCCUAUUUAAUUUAUUAUUAUCUCAUUAUAUAUGAUCUUAUUUAGAAUUAAAUGAGAGAGAUGAAAACAUAUAUAUUUUCAUUAUUAUUUUUUGAUUUAUUAUCAGUUUAU